GCGGAUGUCUGUGGACGGAAUCACGUCCAGAAGUAAGUAGAAUGUCGUAUAGUAUGAGUAUGCGCUUAUUGUCAAUCAAAGACGUGUGAGUACGUACCCUUCUUGUCAAUCAAAAACUAACUUCUUCUUCUACUUGCUCUAGGGAGUGAGAGCAAGGCGGGCGUGAUCUCGAAAUUGCCGAAAGAGGGACGGAAGGGGGAAUUGUGUGUGCUUGGAGCAGAGUAGAGUAGCGGGGGGGAGGAACGGAUAGGUGGUUUUUAGCAGAAUCGAGGGCGCGCGCGCGCGAGCGCGAAUUCGCACCCACGAAUGCACACACAUGACACACAGACAAAGUUCAACCUCAUGCGCGCGCGCGCGAGCGCGAAUUCGCACACACGAAUGCACACACAUAAUAGAGAGACAAGUUCACACGUCAUGCGCACAAAGAAUGGACACACGAGUUCGAUCUCCUGAUGCGUCGGUGAAAGUCCGACGAAACAGUUUGUCACGUGACAAUCACCCACUUUUUCUGCUGGAGUUGUAUUGAGCGAAUACACGACAGAGAGAGAUCGAUAGUCGAAUAGAUAAGAUAGAUAUACAGACAGACAGACAGGUAAUAGAUAGUCAUAGAUAGGUAUUGAGAAGAGCGAGCGAGCGAGAGCGCGCGCAGAAGAGAGAGAGAGAGAGAGAGAGAGAGAGAGAGAGAGAGAGAGAGAGAGAGAGAGAGAGAGAGAGAGAGAGAGAGAGAUCCCAUGGAAAGGGUGUUGGAAGGUGGCAGUAGUGGUAUUCGAGAAGUUGUAGAGGGGAGAGAGCAGCAUAGCGUGGAGGACUGGUCGUCCAACAGAGUUGAGGACUGGUCAUCAACGAGAGUGGAGGACUGGUCGUCCGCUCAUUAUCAGCUGAUGGUCAAAGCAGCGUGGGGUUAACCGAUGAUUGCAGAUCGUCUGUGGUACUGACGAGACCAGUACAGGUUUUCUGUUUUUAUGUGUCUUUUCCAACGUAAAACGAUUUGUGGGAAAUUAGAAUUACUUGCAAGGAGAUAGUAGUUUUUUUUCGUCGUCGUUUUUGCGAUGGGGGAGGAUAGAGUUUGUAUAGCCGACGAAGCGGUAGUCGUCGGAGGGGAUGGUGGAGAAGAAGGGGGGGGGAGGUUUCUGCGGAGUAGCAAGGGAGGUGAGGACAGCGAUGACGGAGUCGGGGCGGAGGAGUUGGUGCGGCAACUUCGAGAGAAACUGGCGAUGGUCGAAGCGAAGAACGUCGCCUAUGUUAAAUUUCUGCGCAAGCUGGAAGAAGAUCCUGGACCGCUGAUGUGUGUGAGGUGUCAGGCGGAGGUGCGGAAGCGCCUGAGAAUGCGACGAGAGGGGGAGUGCGCGGAGGAGGGGGAGGGGGAGGGGGAGGGGGGGGAUUGGUCGGCGGAAGCGAACGUGGUCCCGCCGACCAUGGAGGCCAGCGAGGGAGGUCAAGCGGACAGUGGUAAGGCGGGGAAAGGUACGCGGCAGAGCGGGGAAGACCUCAGAGAUAAUCGCGACGGCAAAAACGCGGCAGCGAAGGACGAGAAUCGGGGAAACGGAGGAGUAGGAGGAGGGGAGGUGGUGGAGGAGGUGGUAUCACACCUUCGCGGCGACGACGGGGGGGUUGAUGGGGGUGUUCGGGCUUCUGGUGGCGACCUAGCGGAAAGGUCAGAGGACGGGGACAAGCACGAGAACUGCCCGGGGAUCGAGCCUCGACUGGAGACGGAAGAAGGACACCCACAAGCGCGAGAUGGUGAGGGUGAGGUAGGGGCAAAUCGUUCUGCGUCAGCCAUCGAGUGCAGCACGACGACGACGUCAAAUCAUCAACAUCAUCAUGACGCCAUAGCCGCCGCCAUAGCUCGACUAGAGGAGGAAGGACACCCUCAAGCGCAAGAAGAUAGUAUUCGCACUGCACGCAGUUGUUGCGGUGAUAGGCCGACGGUGGACAUGCCGGUGGCUAUGGAAGAAAGGAGGGGAGUGUGCUUGGAUGAAGAUGAAGCAGCAGACGGAGCGGCAGCUAUGGCGGCGGCGGCUAUGUCGAAAGGAAGCGGGGAUCCCUCGGUCGAGCCAUGGCGAGUGGCAGCUAUGGCGGCGGCGGCGGCGAGUCAUCCUGCGUCAGCCAUCGAGUGCAGCACGACGACGUCAAAGCAUCAAAAUCAUCAUGAUUGUGACGUCAACCUGCCGACGAUGAGUGGAACAGAGGAUAGAGAGGAAGGUGAAGAAGGUAAUACUCGCUAUGCACGCAGUUGCGGUGAUGGGGUGAUGGUGGACAUGCCGGUGGCUAUGGAAGAAAGGAGGGGAGGAGGAGGAUGCUUUGAUGGAGGAGCAGAUGGAGCGGCAGCUAUGGCGGCGGCUAUGGCGAAAGGAAGCGGGGAUCUCUCGGGCGAGGAGGCGCUGGAUGGUCGUGUUGGUGGUGGGGGUCAUGGGCGAGUGUCGAGUGCUGGUCUAGAGGAGUUUUCAUGUGGAGAAUUUGGGGAGAGUGGUGAGGGAGGUGAUGAUGCUGACAACGAAGGUGACGUGGAAGAUGAUGGGCAUGGACACGUGGACGACAGCGAGGGGUUCGGAACCGACAUGGAUGAGGAGUAUAUAUUGUCCGCCGAUCAGGAUGAUGGGGAGGAGGGGGGAGAAGAGGGAGGGAGAGAUGGGAUGAGGAGGAGGGGGAGGGGGAGGGGGAGGAGGCGCUUGGACAUGGUGAGAGCUGACGCGCGAGAUGAUGACGCGCGGGAUGAUCUCGACGAUCUUAAGCUUCUGGAUCCGGAUCCCGACAACGAAUUGUAUAGUAACCCUGUUAUUACCUCGAUGGGUGCCGUAGAAGGACGAAUCGGGGUCGGGCAGGUGGUUGGUGAUGAUGACCUUGAAAACAGUGGUUAUGGACAUAGAGACGAUAACCAAGGGGGGCAUUUAGAUAAUAAACAGUCGGACCGGAGGGCAGGCAGGGGUGUGGAGCAUGAAGACGGAGAUGACGAGGCUGAGUAUUAUGAUGAUGAUGAUGAUGAUGAUGAUGAUGAUGAUGAUGAUGAGGGGGUGGAGGAGAGGGUGGAGGAGGUGGAGGAGGGAAUGGCUCUUAUCUAUGUUAGCAGCGAGUACGCGCCCCGCGAUGGAUCGGGCGAGGAUGGUCGGCCACGUGGCAUCCCGAUCGCGACACACGUGGCAGCAGCUAUGGACGGCGAGCGGACUCUUAAGAACGAAGGAUCAGUGUUGAUUGAGCAAGCGAUGGCUAUGGCGGCGCGACGCAGUGGAGAGGAUGAUGGUCUUGAUGGGUCGGCGGCUUCGUUACGACCGGUCAUAGCUGAUUCUGAAGAAGCUAUGGCUAUGGUGGCUGGCGUCGAAGGGGAAAGGGAAGGUGAAGGUGGAGCUAUGGCGGUGGCUGGGGCGGCGGAAGGUGGGCGGGUGGUCUGUAAUUACAGAACCGAUCAUCGGCGGUGGAGGAAGACGGAUGGAGAUCGACCUGCUGUGUACGGUCAUCAACAAAGAAGGACAUCUAUGGAGAGAAAACACCUUGCCAUUUCAACGGCUGCCUCUAGAGCGAUCCGAGCAGCAGUGGCUAACACAGCUGCUGUCAAUCUGGAACAAGCCGCAAAGGGCAGUAAAGUAGUAGUAGGAGGAGGAGGAGGAGGGGAGCAAGAAGAAAAGACGGGGCAGAGUGACAGCGUUGGUGUUGCGGCGAUGGCGAAAGAGGGGGAAGAGAAGGGAGGUGCUCCAGCUUGGGCGAGAGAGGUGGAGGUGGUGAUUGGCAAGGAAGGAGGGAGUGGGGUAACGCCGGCAAGGACGGAGGUGGAGGAUCCAAGGAAGACGCCGCUGUCUAAGGAAGCUAGAGAGUACUUUCGUCUAGGACAAGUCCGAAGGAAAAAAGACUUUGUUUGCUAUGAGCAAAUUCAAGGGAGAAGGGUUAAUGUGUUGGACGGGUUGGAAUUGCACGAGGGCAUCUUCAGUGCUGCAGAGCAGAAGAGGCUGAUUGACUUUGUGCACGAGCUACAAGAGAAGGGAAGGCGAGGAGAGAUGCGGGCCAGGACUUAUUCGGAGCCACGGAAAUGGAUGCGCGGCAAGGGCCGAGUGACCAUUCAGUUUGGAUGCUGCUAUAAUUACGCCGUCGACAAAAACGGCAAUCCUCCGGGAAUCGUGAGAGAUGAUGAUGUGGACCCAGUGCCGCCAUUGCUGAAAUCAACGAUAAAGAGGCUUGUUCGAUGGCAUGUUAUACCUCCUGACUGCGUCCCGGACUCGUGUAUCAUCAAUAUAUAUGAUGAAGGAGAUUGCAUUCCACCACACAUAGACCACCACGACUUUUUGCGGCCAUUCUCGACACUUUCGCUGCUAAGCGAAACCAACAUUGUCUUUGGCUCCAAUCUUAAGAUAAUCGGUCCGGGGGAGUUUGCGGGGACAUCAUCGAUUCGGCUUCCUGUAGGGUCGGUUCUCGUCAUCAAUGGGAAUGGAGCUGAUGUGGCCAAGCAUUCGAUUCCAGGUGUGCCUGAGCCCCGGAUAUCAAUUACCUUCAGGAAAAUGGACCCCGCAAAGGUACCAUUCAAUUGGACACCUGAACCUGACCUGCAGAUUAUCAGGCCCCUUCCACUGCCAUCAACGGCGGAGAGACCCCUGCGAAGUACAGCUGCAGACAGCUCACGGGUAACUGUGUUUGAGCAGCAAACUCCUGUGCGAUGGGGGGCGCCAUCGUCAGUCAGUGUCCAUUUACAGCAUACAGAUCAAGGAGCGGACAAGGUAGAGCAAUCAUCGCAAGCAGCACGUGACCACAAACACUUCAAGCGUCAGCAGCAAGUGGAGUACGUACCGCAGGUUUCGUAUCAGCAGCAGCAGCAGCAGCCAGCAGAGCAGCCGCCGGGCUUGUCGCCACGGAUACCGCCCAGAACUCUUGUGCAUCCAUCCCCGAGAAACCGCGAAUUAAAAGGGGUGCAUGUUGGAAACAUGCAGAGUAGCAAGUCUGGUGCCGAGGGGAAGAUUUCAUCUGGACGCAUCGAGGUUGGGUCGGGACCAAUGCCGUCACCUGCUACUCCGAGUGUGGGCUCUUCAAGUACCCCUGGAAAUGGAAAGGUGGGCAGCGUAUCAGGUAAACUCUCAGCUUUUGCAGAGGAGUUCAUUCCGAGCGGACUGUGUUUGAGUCAAGCUUUUGCGUUGAAUCCGACAGCAUCUCUAGCGGCGAACCUCAGUUCAUUACCGGUCGUGGGUCUAACUCCGCCAGCAACAGUGAGCCUAACUGCACCACCACUCCUGAACUUAACUCCGCCAGCAGCGGUGAACCAGACGCUGAUGCCAGCUGCAGCGUCGGGGAAUCCAAGGCCUGUCAGUAGAGACAAGCCAAUGAUGGACAGGUGGACCAAAGAAAAGUUGGAAAGCUACGUGUCUAAUGAGAGCUACGCAGUCGGGUAUGAAGUUAACUUUGGCAGCGGUGCAUUCUUUCCCAGCGGGUCACCCCCAGAUAGUAGUCGGCUCCUGACGUCAGCAGGGAAGGAUGGAACUCAACCUGCUGAGCGACCACGUAUGAACUGGGGUGAUAUGGUGUUCGAUGAUGGCGAAGGCGAGGACGCGACAGUGGGUGUUACGGGCAGUGCAAAGAGGGGUGAUGCGAAGCCAAGGCGAGCGUCAGGCAGAAGCCGAAGGUCUAACCGCGCCAAAGUCGUUGAGGAAGCCUCACAAAGUAGGAAUGCAGAAGGGAAGGAUGGAGGGAACACACACCCUAAAGAGACUCAGCAGCAGAGGGAGCGUGGCAGAGACAAAGGGCAAGGCGGUACCGUUGGCAAGGGAAGGAGCAGAGGUAGCAGGGACUGGGAGAAAGAGAGAAGCGGAGGUGGUGCGAACAGUAAUAAUUGGAGAUCCAACCAGAACCGAAGCACUUGGUGACCUCAUGCCCCCCUCCCCCCCCCUCUUCCCCCCUUCCCCUCUGCGUUCCUUCCCUCACCCUCCCCAGCCUCCACUUCUUAUCCCCUACUCUUCCUCUCUCUCUCUCUCUCUCUGAGGGUGUAUGUGUGUUUCAGUGUAUGUGUUGGUAGGAAUUGUUUCUCUUUCUUUUGAAUCUUUUCCAGAUUAUUUCCUCCUGUUUGUUCCAGAUUUGAGUGAUGCUGCGUUUGAAAGUGCACGUUUAGCAACAAUGGAGUGGACUUUGUGAUUGAGCAUUUUCUGUCGGGAAAUUUGUUUAGCGGCCGUCGGAUUCCAAAAUGAUCUUGCGGCAGUGUUCAGGUUCAGUAGUUCUGUGGGCACAGUGGAGGGUAGAGAUGUGUCAUGUGCGUGUAGUCUUUGUUUCCGUCUGUGGCACCGCGAG